AUGCUGUCAAUUGUAUGGAGGAAAAAAAGAUCUGCCAUUGUAGGAUCAUGUAAGGGUUGUUCAGAGCCAGAUGAAGGCUUGAGAAUCCUUACGCAGCUCCCCAAUGGUGAAUCCAAUGUUGUAUUCAAGUUUAGUUCAAAACUGAUAAAUCCCAGUUUUUAUCUGAAUCAAAUACAACCUCCCUCUCUCGAUUCUUCCUUUCUGAAAUCGUGUUUCCUUUGCAACAAGCACUUGAGUCUUGAUAAAGAAGUGUACAUGUACAGGGGUGAUCAGGGUUUUUGCAGUGUGGAAUGCAGGAGUAGGCAAAUUUAUAUGGAUGAAAUGAAAGAAACUGAAAUUUCCACCAAGAAAGUAUUAGUCUCAUUCCGGCAGCGUCGGUGUGAGACUAGCAGCCUCUUAGAGGAAUUCAAGCAAAGGCGUCACCCAUUUUCAUCUCAAAAGAAUCAAGUUAUAUUUUUCCCCUAG